AUGGGGCAUGAUGUGGAACAUAAGAAAAGGCUUCGUGUCCGGGAGCUUCUACCAGAGUUGUUCCUAGGCAGAUGGCAACCAGGCCGUCUGAACUCCAUCACAGACGUCCCAGGCGUUCUUGUACACACCGAAUCCAUACAGCCUGAUCAGGACGUAAACACCGGUGUUACCACAAUCCUUCCCAGGAAAGACUGGCACAAAUACGCCUGUCAUGCUGCCAUUUUCAAAUUCAACGGUGCUGGAGAAAUGACAGGGUCUCACUGGAUUGACGAAACAGGCACUUUAACUUCCCCCAUUAUCUUGACGACAAACUCAUCCAUCGGAGAAGCUUUCAGGGGCGUAUAUGAUUAUGUUUUACGUUACCAUGCAACUCCUGACGGUGAUAUGAGUCUCUUCGCCUUUCCCGUCAUCACAGAGACAUAUGACGGCUACCUGAACAAGCAAAGUCGCUUUGCGGUCACGCCUGAACAUGUAGUACAGGGAAUUCUCAACGCGUCGUCAAAUGCUGUGCCUGAGGGUUCAACUGGUGGUGGUACGGGAAUGAUAUGCCACAGGUUCAAGGGUGGCACGGGAUCAAGCAGCCGAAUCGUACCAGGACUCGACCAAGAAGGUAACAAUAAGGAUUAUACAGUUGGUGUGCUUGUUCAGGCGAACUAUGGGCAAAAGGAUGACCUUCGUAUCGGUGGUGUUCCUGUUGGGCGGAUCUUGUCAUCAACAGAAGGCCUUGCCUCUACUUCGACUGCAUCCGGAGUGCAAGGACCACUCGCUGACGGCAGCAUCAUCAUUAUUGUCGCAACAGAUGCCCCUCUUCUUCCAGUUCAGCUUCAGCGACUAGCCAAGCGUGCGACUGUCGGGCUUUCACGAGUUGGUGGCUAUGGUAGUAAUGGUUCAGGCGACAUUUUUAUGGCUUUCUCUACCGCUGCCAAGAUUCCCAUGCAGCAGUUUGAGGGCGGUUUGGAUCCUUACAAGCCGUCUUCGGUUGGUGUUGAAACAGUUGAGAAUGAGUCAAUCAACGGUAUAUUUGAGGCGGUGGCUGAUGCGACUGAAGAAGCGAUAUACAAUGUCCUUUGCAUGGCAGAGACCAUGACAGGGUAUAAGGGACGUACUGUGGAAGCACUGGAUCUGGAUAAGGUCAAAGAGAUAGUUAUCAAGCGGAUGUAA